AUGUCAACGUCACAGGAAAUGCUGGCUACUGCGAACCUGAUGCCACCAACUUCUGCAGUUUCUCCGUCCAACAAUACGUUGUCUACAUCCACAACAAUAACUUCAGAUUCUCAACCGAGGAAGGUGAAUGAAUUCAACGAUGGCCGGGAGAAACCUCACUACAGCUGGGGCCAAAGUUGGAAAGAUUGGCUCAAGCAAAGCUGGAGCUCUAACUAUGACGAUUUGAAAAUUGAAAGCAAGUUGUUGUCCCAGUUACCGUUCUAUCCUGAAAGCGAUGGUAAAAGAAGAGCAAGAAUUAUUAACACUGACAUUGGUAAUGGGCAGUACAUUCAUGAGUUCUACAUUGAAAAUAUCGAGAAGGAUGAGACACCUGAUAUAUGCAAAGAGUUUGUUCUUGUACAUGGUUACGCCGCAUCACUAGGCUUAUUCAUCGACAAUUUCGACCAAUUGAGCUCCAUACCGGGGACAAAGAUCCAUGCUGUUGACCUUCUUGGUUUUGGCUUAAGUUCGAGACCGAAAUUUCCCAACUUUCCAUCUGCAACUAAGCAAGAUGUAUACAAAGUUGAAGAUUGGUUCAUAGAUCCACUAGAAACCUGGAGGAAGAAGCGAGGUAUUCAAAAAUUUGUUUUGAUGGGUCAUUCUUUUGGCGGAUACUUGAGUUGUGCUUACGCUAUGAAAUACAACAAGGCAAUAACAAACCCAGUAACGGGUUCUCAAUCCAAUUUGAUUGAUAAACUAGUACUCAUUAGUCCAGUGGGGGUGGAAAGAAGCGUGCACUCCUUUCUAAACAAAGAGGCAAACCCACGAGUAUCUCUUGAGCAGGAGGUUUUGGCCGAUCAAGAAGAUAUAGUCGAGGGCAAACCCUUGGAGGAACCUCCAAAGACGCGUACCAGAAAGCUCUUUGAUUACAUGUGGGAGAAAAACUAUUCACCAUUUUCAAUAAUUAGAAAUUCUGGCCCGGUCAAAUCAAAACUUAUUUCAAGGUGGACAACGCAUAGAUUUGCUCAUGUAUACUAUCAAGAUCAACAAAGUUUUCAACACAUGCACGAUUAUAUUUAUAGAGUGUUCAAUGGGAAAGGGUCGGGAGAAUACGCGAUAACUCGAGUUUUGGCAGUCGGCGCAUUAGCCAAACUUCCAUUGAUAGACCGUUGUCCUAAGAGAUUCGUGGAGAUGAAGUUACCGACACUUUGGAUGUACGGGGAUAAAGAUUGGAUGAAUGAUGAGGCUGGUUUGGAAAUUACAAAAAAGAUCAACAGUUUGUCGUCCAAAGAGUAUUCCGAAAAGUUGGCGUCGUUCAAGAUUCUCAAAAAUGCAGGCCAUCAUCUUUACCUUGACAAUCCUCCCGAUUUCAGUAGAACCAUUUUCAAAUUUCUCAAUCUCAAAUAA